ACUCACAAAUCACUCUUUAUCAACAACAAUAGAGGCCAAUUGUCCAGACACAGCCACAUGCAAUAUUAAAUCACUAUAGGUCUGAGAAAUUUCAUAAUUACAGCAACCACACAUAGUAGCUGGCCAUUUCUUUCCUUCCUUUGUUAAAAUCUUUAUUAAAGGAGGUGACGUGUCAACCUUAAGCACUGUUUUACUGCACACUACGGAGGUGCCGCAUCUGUAGAGAACAUCUGCAGUGAGUCUGGGUUUCGCGCAUGGGAACCGCUGACAAAAUCGAUGACUCACCGUCACCAGUACUGAUUGGUUACUAAACUUCUCUCAGCUGCACCGCCAAUUUUCUUUCGCGACCAAAACGCGUGUGUGUCACCAAUUGUCCCAGAUUCGAUAUUUUUUUCCCAGAUCCACCCUGGUGCACUGUCCAGUACAGUCCCUACCUUGAAAGCUAAUGACUCCACGUGAUUUAAAUAAGAAGCAAAAUUAUUGCGCUAUAUGCAACAGUAUCACUGCAUAUUCAGAUGCUGUUGCAAAGCGGAAAAAGUCGGAAACACUCCAAAUCGUGUCAUCGGGAAUAUGCAGCAGUUCUACGUAUGUGUGAUCUGAUAGGCUGCCGCAUCGCUCGCCGAUUAUCCUUAAUGAACAUCCGGUGUUCUGACAAGUUGAGCUACCUAUCGAAACUUGCUAUCGAGCCUUUCGGCGCAUGUGCAGUUCCACCGUCUUGGAAUUAGGGUUAGGUUUAGGGUAAAGGUAAGGGUUUUAGGGGUUUUUGGGUGGUUAGGGUUAGGGUAAGAGUUAGGGCUAUCGAUUAGCACUACGGUAGCCUAACUCGACAAAGUAGCUCAAUUCGACAGAACACCGGCAAUAAAACGAAAAAAUGUAACCAACAGGACGUGUAUCUGAGCGCGAUCUUGAUGCUCCCAUUCUGAAACAGAGUUUGAAGAACCGCAAAGUUAAUCCUGUUGCAUUGUGGGAGGAACGGAAGUCGGGGAAGCAGUUGGAUGGAUCGGAGGGAUUGGAGGUGCUGGAGCUGCAGGGCGACCAGGCGUUAGGAUCGCUCACGUCGGACUCCGGGACGGCCGCUCACCGGAGGGGCAGAGGGUCUCCGCUUCCACCCAUAACCAUCUUCCACUGACCUGCGCCAAGUUUGAGUCACCAAAGAAAAGGAGAAACAAGAACAACACACAUCUCCAUUAUGCAUUCGGACUGCAGGCUGGAAUGGCCACGUCUGGGAUGGUGACUGCAGGACGCGGCGGGGCACGGCUUCUCCUCGUCUCCACACUCGCCGUGAUCUUCAGCGCCAGAGCGGCUCGAGCCCAGAAAGGCGACGCUUGCGGAGACACGCUUCUGGGUCCCAGUAGCGGCACGCUGUCCUCCAUCAACUACCCCCAGACGUACCCCAACCACACGGUGUGUGAAUGGGAACUGCGCGUGACCCAUGGGAGGAGGAUCCACCUGAAGUUCGGCGACUUCGACAUCGAGGAUUGGGACUGUCACUUCAGCUACCUGAGGAUCUACAAUGGGGUUGGACCUAGGAGGGCGGAGAUUGCAAAGUAUUGUGGGCUAGGCUUGCAAAUCCCAGAGCUGAUCCAGGCCAGCGGCAGUGAGGUCACGGUUCAGUUCAUGAGUGGGACCCACAAGUCUGGCCGUGGCUUCUUGCUGUCCUACUCGACGACGGAGCACUCGGAUCUGAUCACCUGCCUCGACAAAGGAAUUCACUUUACGGAAGCAGAAUUCAGCAAAUACUGCCCUGCGGGUUGCCUGACGAUCUCCGGGGAAGUUUCCGGCACGAUUCCACACGGCUACAGAGACUCCUCGUCAGUGUGCUUGGCCGGUAUCCACGCGGGGGUGGUGUCCAACGCUCUGGGAGGUCAGAUCAGCGUCGUCAGCAGCAAGGGCAUCCCACACUAUGAGAGCACUCUGGCCAACAAUGUCACUUCUACCUUUGGUCCUUUGUCCAACAGCCUCUUCACCUUCAAAACCAGUGGUUGCUAUGGCACCCUGGGUCUGGAGUCGGGAGUAGUCCGCAGCUCCCAGAUCACCGGCUCGUCCGUGUGGGAGUGGAGCGACGAGAACGGGCAGCCCAGCGUGUGGCAGCCCUCUGGGGCCCGACUGAAGCGCCCAGGCCUCCCCUGGGCCGCCGCUCACAGCGACCAGCAUCAGUGGCUCCAGGUGGACCUGAAGAAGAGGAAGAGAAUCACAGGAAUCAUCACCACCGGCUCCACGCUCAUGGAGUACCAGUUCUUCGUCUCGGCCUAUCGGGUGCUAUACAGCCAGGAUGGCCAGCUGUGGUAUGUCUUCAGAGAGGCUGACACUGACCAGGAUAAGAUCUUCCAGGGAAACAUCAAUUACCUUCACGAAGUGCGUAACAACUUCAUCCCCCCCGUGGAGGCACGCUAUGUGCGAGUCAGUCCCACCCAGUGGCACCAGCGCAUCGCCCUGAAGAUGGAGCUACUGGGCUGCCAGCCUCCGACAUUGCUGCCGCGCACCUUCCAGCCACGGCCCACCAAGCUCAGCACGGACCCUCCGCUACAGCGGGACAAGACCACCUUCACCUCCGACAUCCGCAACACCACCAUGACCCCCAGUGGCAAUAACAGUGUGGCGCUGGCGGCGGUGCUGGUGCCAGCCUUGGUAACGGGCCUGACCUGCGUCCUGCUGACCCUGCUGUGUACCUGGCACUGCAGGACCCGGAAGAAGAGUGCCAAGGGGGCCUAUGGCCUGGCACACUGGGACCGAGCUGGCCUGUGGAAAGGUAUGAAGCAGUUCUUUCCAGCGAAGGUGACUGAGGGGGAGGAUCCCUUCGUGCGAUACAGCCACAGUGACGCGAAUCCCGCUCGGAGUCGCAAGGCCGUCCCGAUGGUGCAGGCCGAAUCGGCAGAGUAUGCCCAGCCCCUAGUGGGAGGAAUGGUUGGCACCCUUGGUCAGAGGUCCACCUUUAAACCCGAAGAAGGAGACGACCCGGCUUAUGCGGACCCGGACCCGUACGACGCCCCGCUUACGGAAAUAUACCACGCGUACGCCCAACCGCUCCCUGCUUCAGGGGCGGAGUACGCCACCCCCAUCGUCGUGGACAUCGCAGGCCACCCGGCACCCUCCGGCCCGCUGGGACAGGUGUCCGUCUCCACAUUCAAAAGGUGUGGCCCCGGGUCCCUCCUCACGAGGACAGACAGCGGCCAAUCAGGAUCGUGCGCUCAGUACGACACGCCCAAGACCACGCCCGGGCAGACCCAGUCCACAGAGGACUUGGUCUACCAAGUCCCUCAGAAUGGUGCCCAGAAGGCCCGUGAAGACAGCUGAGAUCUGGGUGGCCUCAGCCUACUGUUUCAUCACCCUUUUCUGCACGCCUGGUUGAAACUCCCCUGGAGGCGUGAAAAAAACCGGGACAUUAGCUCCGAAUUCAAGUCCUCUGGGCCGCAUUCGGUCUCCUUGAGAUGUUAGUUGUGGUAAUUGUUCACCUGUUUGUGCACAGUUUGUCUCUUAAGGUCGAUAGUCGCUACAGUCCUUUCACUGAUUUAAUGGAAAUGAAUGUUUGUCGUGAAAGCUCACCACUGUUUUAGCCCAGAAAAGGCUCACUCUCGUCUUAAUCUUCUGUAAUAUCAAACUGUGAGGUCCUUAAACCCCCUCCCCCUUCUUUCUUGGUCUGCGUUCGAUUGAAAGCUUUGAUACUUCAGAGGGGGGUUGGGCUGUUCCGUGCCUCGGUGGCCGCGGAGUGAGCCGAUUCUCCCCAGCUCCACUCCCCAGUGUAUCGCUGAAGUCUAACCGUGAGUCACCCGGCGUUUCAGCCGUAAAGUAGGUGUUAAUUGAAAUUUGUUGCAAGGCUUGGGAGGAUCCCAGCCCUGAAGGCAGGCAGUUCAGUCCAGCUGCAGGCUAAUUUUUAUUUUAACGUCGGCAGCUUUCCUUUCAAUGGCACAUAGAAACUCAAACGCCCAUUUGCCAAGAGAACCGUGACUAGUUACCUUCAGGCUAGUUGUCACACCCCCAUUUUACAUCUGAUUGGUCGAAGGUUGUUCUUUGUGAAAGGUGGGGGGGGGGGGCAUUGCGUUGGAUUAAAAGGGUUCUAGGAAAGACUACACCUCGACUCGACUGAAGUGUGAGCUGCUGUUUGAGUUUCAAAAAACGUACUGUACACUCUAAGGAGAUGCGACAGCCUCCAGCUGUUUCCAGUGCUUAUCCAGAAGCCCUCGACAUACGUUUCCUGCUGAGAAAGAUGCGAUUUAUCCAUUUUUACGCUAUUGUAUUCAGCCGGUCGAACCAAACCUUUCUAGCAGAGGUUAGUCAGUGACCAGCUGACAGUUAGUCACUGUUCUGAGGUGUUUAAGGAAAACUGAACAGCAGUUAAAAAUGGCCUGACUGAGUAGAUGUUUCAGCACCAGAGUUCACUGGUACAUAAUUAUUUUAAAAUAUUUUUUUUAUAUUCUUAGACUGGUGUCUGAUUCUUAAAGUAUCAACAUUUCACUAACAGAUCUACACUGAGGCAUGAACAUCUUGAUGAUUUUCCUCUGGCUUUAUUCCCACCCGGAAAUAAAACGACCACAUACACCGUCAGGCUGUCAGCGUUUCCAAGUGACCAUCACAGCAAAAAGGGACGAUGCAGUCAUUUCGCAUUGAUAAGGGGGCAUUUCCAGGAGUCCCCUUCCCCUGCAUUGAGCAGGGUGACUCUGCACUGAUUUGUAUUGGUGACGGAUAGGUGUAUUCAUACGGUACGCAGAAAGCUAGUGGAGAGUCCCUGUGAAAAUAAGCAAAUUAAAAUUCCUGUGUGUGUUAGAUAGCGAUGUGCAGAGCCCUCACUACUGUGGCUGUAGAGAAGUUUACCCUGGUUGAAUCCAUUGAAUGUAUCCCUGCUGUACCUCCAUGUGCUUCCGUCUGUUGCUAGAUUGUAUAGAGAGAAUUUUAAAAAUUUAUUGUAUACCUUAAUAAAAUCAGUGUCACAUCCUGUCA